AUGAAGAGGUCUCGUGCCCGGCCGCUUCGCGCUCGUGGUGGAGAUGUGGUGGAGACCUUGCCAACCACCGAGAUCAAUUACUACAAGCUGGACAGCAUCAACUGCACGCAGAUUCUUGCCUCUAUGCGCUGCGCGUUGAAAGCCAUGCGGGCCUGCUUCAAUGGUGAGGAAUCUCCUGAGGCGCAGAUGAAGAACGCAUUGUGCAACGAGGAUGUACGAUUCGCGUUGGUUUCGCUGUCCAGGCUGCCGGUGUUCUCUCACGACUUUGGCCUUGCGUUCAAGGAUGAUCUCGAUCUUCUUCACACCCUGAAGCAGCUGAAGUACUUCUGGAACCUGCCGUUGAGCCAGCUGGCAAUCCUGAUGGCGAACUUGUCCAGCCGGCUAGAGCCUGCAGCAUCCUGCGACUUCAACGCCUUCACGGAGAAGUUUUGCCAAUCCCCCAUGCACCUACGAGCCGUAAAGGAGGUGAGCAAGGAGUUGCCGGAAGAGAUCCACGCGGAGUACAUGAAGAAUGCUGCCUAUUUGGAGGAUGCCGAUGCGCACGCAGUCUACCCCACCUCCAUCUACAGGCAGUGCGACGCCUUGACCCUGGCAACCCAGGAUGCAUCCACCAUCGAGGCUGUCAUGAGCACUACCAUCACUACGACAAUCAAGAUCGCUCGCAAAGUCCUUGAUCCCUCCAACCACCUCCUCUUUGAUGUGUACAAGCCAUUGGGCCGCUGCGUCGCUGUUGUGGACGAUAAGGUCGACGAGCACUACGGUGCUGAGAUUGACAACUACUUUGCAAGCCACAACAUUGAAUUCACCAAGCUUGUCUUCAGUGGCAAUGAGGUGGACAAGGGCAUCGAGGACGUCGAACGUAUUCUUGUAGCCAUGAAGAAAUACUCGGUAGGCCGUCAUGAGCCCUUGCUCGUCAUUGGUGGUGGCGUGAUUGCGGACAUUGCAGGCUUUGCCACCUCACUGUACUCCAGGAAUACGCCAUACGUGAUGCUUUGCACAUCGAUCGUGUCCGGUAUUGAUGCCGGCCCCUCUCCCCGAGUCUGCUGCAAUGGCUAUGACUACAAGAACCUGUACGGUUCUUAUCAUCCGCCGGUGCUUACCAUCACAGACCGCGGAUUCUGGAAGACUCUUCAUCCCGGCUGGCUCCGUCAUGGUGUGGCAGAGAUCAUCAAGAUGGCUGUCAUGAAGGACUUGUCGCUCUUCGAGCUGCUAGAGAAGCAUGGCGUCAGGGCAGUGCAAACUAAGUUCGGCACUGAGGGAGACAGCGUGGAUGACGCUGAGUUCCAGGACGUAUGCGAUCUGAUUGUCGGCAAGGCCAUGGAGGGCUACGUCCGCUCCGAGUACGGCAACCUUUGGGAGACCCACCAGUGCCGACCGCAUGCUUAUGGGCACACUUGGUGCCCUGGCUAUGAGCUGCCGGCUGGCAUGUUGCAUGGGCAGGCGGUGGGCACUUGCAUGGGCUUCGGGGCCUACCUCUCCUUCAUCGAGGGCUGGGUUUCAGAGGAGGAGAUGCACAGAGUCCUAAAAGUCAUCUCAGACUGCGAGCUCUCGCUGUACCACCCAGUCAUGGACGAUGACAAGAUGAUUUGGAAGACCCAGCUAGCGAUCGUGGAGAAACGGGGCGGCAACCUCUGCGCCCCGAUCCCCAAGCCCCUCGGCUUCUCCGGCUACCUGAAUGACUUGUCUGAAGAGCAACUCAUCCAGAGGAUGCAUGAGUACAAGGAUCUCGUCUCCAAGUACCCCCGCGGCGGACGUGGUGUUGAGGAGCACUGCAUCGACGUUGGCUUGGAGGACCCGCAAGCAAAGAAGCUUCAGAAGAAAGCUGAAGCGGAGGCUGGCCAGGCCGCUGUCCUUGCUGGGAAGCUCGAGCUUCUUGAGCAGCUGAGACAUGAGGGCCUUCUCAACGAAGAGCAGUUCGAUCUCAAGCACCAGCAGCUUGCGUAG